CCAUGUGGUUGUGGUCUUGGUGUAUGUUGUCGCAUCCCUAUCCCAUCCAUCAUCCACGUUACCUACCCAAACUUCCCGUCCUCCCUUCGUUCAUCACUGUCGUGAACCAUGGAUAUGGAAAUGCAUACCAUGAACAUGCGGACUACUGGGGGUUUGGGAGGAGGUGUUCAUGAUGAUAUGGGACGAACCCGUCUGGCAACUCGCAAAGCUGACACGAUGGCGCCACCAACAAACAGUCUACGAUAUCCUUUCCAACCUCGGCCUGCUUAACAAGCAUGGCAAGCUGCUCUUCCUGGGUCUCGACAAUGCCGGAAAGACCACUCUUCUACACAUGCUGAAGAAUGACCGCGUUGCCAUUCUCCAACCUACUCUCCAUCCGACUUCGGAGGAGCUUUCCGUCGGCAACGUCAAGUUCACCACUUUCGAUCUUGGCGGCCAUCAACAGGCCCGUCGUCUUUGGAAGGAUUACUUCCCCGAAGUAAACGGUAUCGUUUUCCUCGUGGACGCCAAGGACCACGAGCGUCUCCCCGAGGCCAAGGCUGAGAUCGACGCGCUCCUCUCGAUGGAGGAGUUGGCCAAGGUUCCCUUCGUUGUGCUGGGCAACAAGAUUGACCACCCCGAGGCCGUCUCUGAGGACGAGCUCAGGCAGAGACUCGGGCUCUGGCAAACGACUGGCAAGGGCAGGGUUCCUCUCGAGGGCAUCCGCCCCAUCGAGGUGUUUAUGUGCUCUGUGGUUAUGAGACAGGGAUACGGAGAGGCUAUCAGGUGGUUGUCCCAGUACGUUUAAGGGGUCUGAUGAAAUGAGGAGCAGCACAGGAUGGUUGUCAGGUAAUAACAUUUUGUAAUAUGAUACGAUGAUGACAAUGAAGGAACUGGAGGGUCUCGCGAUAUCAAAAAUUGACGGGCGCAUUUUCACAAUGAACAGAUACGUACGAGGCUUAUCAGACACAAAUGGGACGUUGGAGGGACUAGUGUGCGUUUGACGACUGCCGUUAUCUGACUCUAACGGUAUAGAUUAUCUUUUGCUCUCCGUCAGUUUCCGGUAUAGUUUGUUCUAUUCCCUUAGUAACACGGUGUCUACCUAGCCCGGCCCAAGUUUGAGCGGUCAUUCUAGCAAUCUGUAGAAUCAUUGUACGGAUGAACGUGAACAUCUCCA